AUGCUUUCCAACAUCAAAGUGUAUGUGCGGUGCCGGGCGCGCAACGAGCGCGAGGUGGCCGAGAACGCGGGCGUCGUGGUGUCUGUGCCGUCGCGCGAGCAGAUCGCGGUGUGUUCGGGCGCCCACCAGCGCACGUACGCGUUCGACCGUGUAUUUGGCGCAGAGAGCGACCAGGAGUCGAUUUUCGAGACGGUGGCCGAGCCGAUGCUUGCGCAGAUCCUGGCGGGCUACAAUUGCACCGUGUUUGCGUACGGACAGACCGGCACGGGCAAGACGCACACGAUGGUGGGCAAUCUGGGCGCCGACCACAGCAGGCUGCCCACAGACGCGGGCAUCAUCCCGCGCGCUGUGCACAAGCUUUUCGAGCUGCUGCGGAGCGUGCCGGACUACUCUGUGAAGGUGUCGUUUAUUGAGCUGUACAACGAGAACAUCAGGGACCUGCUGGGCGACGAGUCGCGCCCGCUCAAGAUAUUUGACGAGGCCGGCAAAAAGAGCGUGCUGGUGCACGGGAUCCACGAGGUGUACAUCCGGACGGCGGCGGAAGGGCUGCGGCUUGCAGCGCAGGGGUCUGAGCGGCGCAAGGUGGCGAGCACGCGGUGCAACGACCUCUCGUCGCGGUCGCACGCGGUGUUUUCCAUCACGGUGCACAUGCGCACGCAGGACUCGCACAAGAUGGGCGGCGAGGAGUUUGUCAAGGUGGGCAAGCUGAACCUGGUGGACCUGGGCGGGUCCGAGAACAUCUCGCGGUCCGGCGCGACGAACCAGCGCGCCAAGGAGGCCGGCAUGAUCAACCAGUCGCUGCUGACGCUGGGGCGCGUGAUCAACGCGCUCGUGGCCAACUCGCCGCACAUCCCGUACCGCGAGUCGAAGCUGACACGGCUGUUGCAGGACUCGCUCGGCGGGCGCACCUGCACGAGCAUCAUCGCGACGCUGUCGCCGGCGAAGACGUCGCUGGAGGAGACGCUGAGCACGCUGGAGUACGCGCACACGGCGAAAAGCAUCCGCAACAGGCCGCAGGUCAACGAAGUCGUCAACAAGAAGACGCUGAUCAGCGAGUACAUGGACGAGAUCGAGCGGCUCACCAGGGACCUGAACGCCGCGCGCACGCAGAACGGCGUGUAUCUGGACGAGGCCAGCUACGAGCAGCUGUGCCGCGAGAGCGAGAGCCGGCGGAUCCGCGUCGAGGAGCUCGAGGCGCGCGUGGGCGGCCAGCAGGACCGGUUCGAGCGCGCGCGCGAGCGCAUCGACGCGCUGGAGACGCAGCUGGAGCACGAGCAGGCCGCAAAGCUCGAGCUCGAAGCACAGAGACAGCGCGCCGAGGGCCGGCUGGCGCAGGCGGUGGCAGAGACGAGGCAGCUCCAGGACACGCUCAGAGCUUACACAAAGACCAGCGCCGACGCGACAGCGCUCGCGGACCAGCUCCACGUGCACCAGGGCCACCGUGGCCGGCUCGAGCGCGCGCUGGACGCCAACCAGCUCCGCUGGCAGGAGACGAGGGGUCACGUGACCGCGUUUGCGCAGCAGCUGGACGGGUCGCUGGCGGGCGCUGCUGCGGCGACGUCGGGCGAGCUGGGCGCGCUGUGGGAUGCGAUCAGGGGCGAUCUCGCGGCCGUGGCGGCAGAGAUGGCGCGGCUGAACUCGUCGUCGGUGGGGCAGCUGCGCGCACGGUGUGUCGAGUCACGUGACGAGUUUGGGACGCGUGUGGGUGUUCUCGACGGCGGUGUGCAGAGGCUGUUGGGGGCUGUUGAGCGCGACGUUGCGGCGGCGUUCGGGCUGUUUCUGGAGCGGCUGGCUGCGGACCGCGAGCUGGUGACGUGUUUAAGGGAGGAGCUGCGCCAGAGAGACGAUCAGAUUGUCCGCGAGCAAUCGGAGCUGAGAAAGUAUGUGGAGGAGACGUUGGCGCAGCGGCGGCUGGUGCUGGACCAGGAGAGCGCAGAGCUUGUGAGGCUGGUGAGGCAAACCGUCGAGCAGCAGGCUGGCAGACAGAAGGCAGAGCUGGCCGGCGUGGAGGAGCACGUGACCGGGGUGCUCGAGGCAGUGGAGCAGAUGCACCGAGAUCGGCCAGACGUUUUGGCGCAGGUCGACAGCAGACUGGCCGACGACGAGACCUGUGUUGCCGCGCAGUCCGGCACGCUGCGGCAGCGGCUGGACGGGUGGCACGUAGCCGAGUGGGAGAAGACGCUGGCGCGGUUCCGGGACGAGUUUGUGGCGUGGGACGACGUGCGGCUGGAGCAGGUCGACGACGUCUCGCGCAAGCUGUGCGAGAACCUGGGGCGCCUGGAGGCGUGUGUGCGGGAGCUAGAGACGAGAUUCGGCUCGACGGUGGCAUUGCGCGUGCGCGGGCUGCACGAGCUUCAGGCGCGGUGCAGCGGUGUUUUACGGGACUUGAAUGCGGAGCUGGAGCAGUCGCUGGCCGGCUGUGCGGGUCUGGAGGACGAGUCUAAGAUGCAGGAGACACAGAUCUCCGAGGCGAUUGCGCGGUGCGGCCAGCUGAGCAGCGCAGUGGCUGCGGUGAACGACGACCUGGCUACGAGGCUGGAAAAGCUUGAAGAGGCACUGGGCGGAGACAAAGCGCCGCUGAAACGCUCGUGGAACGACGACAAGGAGAACGUGCUGCCAGCGCGCAAGGAGCGGGUGCUGGGAGUGAAAGACGGCAACGCGAGGAGUGUGAUGUAG